AUGUCUUUCGUCACCAUCAAAUGUGCCAUCAAGCACAGCAAGUCGGGCAAGUACCUGAGCAUUGACGGCCGGGGAGUGACAUCCCCCUCGGCUACCGGAGCUGGCAAAGUCUCUCUCUCCGCGCAGAUCGGCGUCAACGAAACGCUCUAUCUCGAGAAGUGGGGUGACAACGUGUGGUCGAUCCGCGCGCCCAACAGCCCGGGCGUCUUCUUGAGGUUCGAAGGCGCCGCGGUCCUGAAGAUGCCCAAGGGCGAGAUGGGAACCGGCACCGUCAACUGCCAAUACACCCAAAACAUCCACCCGGGCCCGUCGGACCAUGCCAUGUUUCGACUCGUCACUCAGGCCAGCGGCAACAACGGCAUAGAAUCCAUCAGCGUUCCGGGAACCUUUCUCCGCAGCGAUGGAGCCGAGGUGAUCAACGUGCAGAACAUUGUUGGGCCCUUCCAAGGCUCCCCUUCGUGGCGCAGUGACUGCCUGUCCGUCAUCAUUCUCAUAGUAAACAGUUCGCCCGUCCGGCAAGACCAGAUACCAUCCUGCGAUAUGCGACUUGGGGAUUGGGGCCGUCGCCUUGAACUGCUCUCUGGGAUCCGACUGGAAGAAGACGUCGCCAGGUUUAGUCCUGGAGACUGCAUCGCGCGGUGUGUCGCGGACGAACAUCUCCUCAAUGCCGGUCGUAUCGACAUGAUAAAUGUAACCAAAAUCCACCGUCUGCCGCGGUGGUUUACUGAACAGCUGCAUCCCAGCCCGCGGCUCUUUGGCACUCUGAACCGCCGCCUCGUUAGCGAUGCCGAUCAGCUGCAUGGCCUUUUCCUGGGCCUCCCAGAAAUUAGCCGUGACUGGAAUAUCUUGUUUGCCCCUUCCCGAGGAACGAAGACCACCCGCGUUCAAAACAUCACCUGGUCGGCGGAUGUCGCCGAGGUAGAGCAUGCGUGGGACUGUUAG